AUGCCACUAGGAGAUACUCCACUCAUCCUAGGUCUCUCCUGGCUAAGAAAAGCCAACCCUACCAUCUGCUGGAGGGAUUUCUCAUUAAGCUACCAGGAUGAGGAACCUAUGAAAGGAAAACUGGCAGAGAUAGGGGAACUCCCUCCUGAGAUAGAAGACUUCCAAGAUGUAUUCUCUGAAGAGCUCUUUAAACAACUCCCUCAACACAGAUCCUUUGAUUGCUCCAUUAACUUCAAGGAAGGGAGUGAACUUCCAAAACCUGCUAAAGCCUAUCCCAUGUCUCCAGCAGAGUCCAAAGCCAUGAAAGAAUAUAUGGAGAAGGAACUAUUGGAUGGGAAAAUUGAACCAAGUCACUCUCCUAUUGCUUCCCCAUGCUUCUUUGUGAGGAAAGCUGAUGGGGGACUGAGACUAGUAGUGGACUAUAGGAAGAUCAAUGACAUCACCAUCACAGAUCAAUUCCCCAUGCCCUUGCAGUCUGACCUUCUAGAAAAGGUCAAGGAUGCCAAGAUUUUCUCCAAACUUGAUCUGAAAUCAGGAUACAAUGACAUCAGGAUCAAAGCAGGGGAGGAAUGGAAAACUGCUUUCAGGACAAAGGAUGGUCUCUUUCAAUAUUGUGUGAUGCCUUUUGGAUUGAGAAAUGCCCCUCAAAUCUUCCAGAGGUUGAUGAAUCAUAUCUUCUAUGACAUGAUUGAUGUGUCAAGAAGACACACCAAACAUCUCAGGGAAGUACUUAGAAGAAUCAGGGACAACAACCUGUACCUGAAACUUGCAAAGUGCCUAUUCUACACCACUGAAGUAACCUAUAUUGGCAUUGUGAUCACCCCAGAAGGUAUCUCCAUGGAGAAAGAAAAGAUCAAGGCAGUACAGGAAUGGAAGGAACCUAAGACUGUCAAGCAACUGCAGUCUUUCAUAGGAUUUGCCAACUUCUACAGACACUUUAUCAAGGACUUCAGCACUAUUGUAAAACCCCUAACUCUGCUUACCAGGCAGGAAGUAAAGUGGAAGUGGGGUGAAGCUGAACAGCAAGCCUUUGAUAGAGUCAAUGAGGAAAUUGGAAAGGACCCAGUACUUAUUCACCCUGAUGCCCAGAAACCUUACUUCUUGGAAACUGAUGCCUCUGGAGUAGCUAUGGGUGCUGUGCUUAGUCAAAGACACACUGAUGGCUACCUACACCCUAUUGCCUUCCUAUCCAAGAGCUUUGAUGAUGCCCAGACUAACUAUGACACACAUGACAAGGAGCUACUAGCCAUCAUUACUUCCCUGGAACAUUGGAGACUUUUCCUGGAAGGCACAACUGAGCCCAUCACUGUCUACACUGAUCACAAAAACCUGGAAUACUGGAAGACAGCCCACACCUUCAACAGGGAACAUGCAAGGUGGUACCAAAUCCUAUCACCUUUUAACUUCAACAUUGUCUACAGACCUGGAAAAAUGUCUGAGAAGCCUGAUGCCCUAUCAAGAAGACCUGAUCACUUGGACAUUCCCAACAAGGAACAAAUAAUGAUUGAUCCUAAACACUUCCUGGUAAUGAAGGCAGAGGUAACAACAGACAUUAUUUCUCAGAUCAGAGAGGCUCAGGAUGAAGAUGAGUCAAUUCAAACACUGAUUGCCACUGUCAAACACAAGGAAGAACUUCCUCCUAGUGUAGCAAAACAGUUUGCUAAAUACCAAUGGAAAGAAGAACUCCUAUGGUAUGAGGAAAGAAUCUUUGUACCAGACAGCAAGGCCAUCAGACUUGAACUCCUAGAACAGUACCAUGACUCCCCCAUUGCUGGCCAUCAAGGGCAAGCACAUACUUUGGAACUCCUGUCAAGAGACUAUUACUGGCCAGGAAUGAAAGCCCAAAUGAUUGGGCAAAAUGGCUACACUAUAGCUGAGUUCUGUCACAACCAUCAAGUCAAUUCUGCAACUGGCAAAUCAGCCUUUGAGACAGUAUAUGGGAUGCACCCAAGAUGGAAUAUUGCACCUACCACCUCCAAUGUACCACAUGCAGAAGAUAUGACCACACAAAUGGAACUAAUCUGGGAUGAAGUCAAGGCCUCCAUGGAGUUCCACAAAGCAAAGGAAAUAGCACCCAGACAGGAAUACAAAAGACCUGCAAAGAAACUGGACAACAAGAAAGCUGGACCCUUCACUAUCACUGAAAAAAUCUCAUCCCAUGCCUACAGACUAGACCUUCCUAAUACCAUAAAAAUCCACAAUGUGAAACCUCCCCCCAUCAUAACAGAGGCAGGAGAAGAGGAGUAUGAAGUGGAAAAGAUUGUGGCAUGGAAAAAGGACAAGGAGGAGGAUACCAUGGAGAGGGCUGAAAAGAUUGCUCAACUGCCUGAGAUUAUGGAGAGAUUCAAAAAGGAGUUCCCUGAUGGGCCUCUACCUCCUGAAAUCAAAACCCCAGGAAAGAAAAGAGGACAAUAA